AUGCAUCCAAAAGAAGCUCGUAAAGUAAUUGCUGUUGAUUUUGAUCAAACAUUGGCCCAUACAUUAGAAAGUCUAGUCAAAUGGCAUAAUGAUACAUAUUCGACCAACUUUAGUGUUACAGAUUUUAAUACGUAUGACUAUUGGAAGAUCUGGGGUGGAACGAGAGAAGAAAGCUGUAUGAAAAUUAGAGAAUUUUAUGAAUCUGAACAUUUUGAACAAAUUGAACCUAUCCGAGACUUUGCAUUGGAAGCCCUUAAGAUGCUCAAGCGACGUCAUUUUACGUUAGUCAUCAUCACUUCUCGUCAGCAAUUCAUUGCAGACAAGACAAAAAAAUUUGUCGACAAACAUUAUCCAGGCAUAUUUGAGAGUAUCUAUUUCUGUAAUUUAGACUUGUCUAGCUCAGAGCAAUUGGAAUACAUCUCCAAGCCCAAGUCACUUAUCUGUCAAGAAAUUGGUGUUGAUGUAUUGAUUGAUGAUUCACUAGAGCAUGCUCUGGACUGUUCCUCCCUGGGUAUUGAUAUCUUACUCUAUGACAGAAAAGGGCAGUACCGCUGGAAUCAUGAAGAUAAACUAAACAUUCACCGUAUGAAAAACUGGAGAGAGAUUAUUGCUCAAUUCCCUAAACCCUCAAGUCCACUUCGAUUCUGUUAUUAUCCUCCUGCUUAUUCUGAAGAAGAAGAAGAGGAAGAAGAAGAUGAAGACGAUGAUGGCAACUCUUAUGAACAACCUGCAUACCAACCUAGUUACUAUGGCAAAUAUGAAACAGUGGAAGUGGAAGAACUUAGUGAUGAAGAUGAAGCAUAUCCUAUUUGGAAAGAGAAUCGUGUUUGGGUUUAA